AUGCCGCCCAAGAAGGAAGACGACGCGCCCUCGAGGGCCUCGCACUCGCGCGACUCCUCCAACGCCAGCACUCGACAUGCCCACGCGCCUGCUACGCCCAGCCAGCUGCGGCAGACAUACGUCCCGUCUGAGAGAUCGAGCUCCCCCGAAGAGACGAUGCACCCGCGGCCAUACUACGACGACGACUUCGACACCCUGGCCAGCAUGACGGCCCGCCAGGACUUUGAGCCCGCGAGCGACAACACUUCUCCAGCCAACGGCACCAACGCCGAAUACUCACCGCACAACACUGCGACCUCACCUGGGCCUAUACUGGAGAUCGACCUCGAGCCGACAGUGCGCUCGCGCCUGCUGAAUAAUCCGAACUGGGAUGCGGGCGAGGAUGCGCCUCGGCUACAGCGUAGCUACGGAAGCUUUGCGGGCACCGUCAAUACUGAGUACAGCUUCGACGGCCACCCGGGAAUAACAGAAACAGCAGAGGGACACAGCCCAGACGCCACACACGCAUUGCUGGGUGAUGCCUUUGCAGACGGCGUCAUGGGCGGUGGGAGCGGGCCGAAGAGGAGCACCACCAAACUGUUGGCUGACCUCCACGGCAUCAAGAACAAGCGCAUGAUGUACCUGCAGUACUACAUCCCCGUCCUGAACUGGACCAAGCAGUACAAAUGGCGCUUCAUCAAGGGCGACCUCAUCGCCGCACUCACAAUGGCUUCCUUCUACAUUCCCAUGUCGCUUUCAUAUGCCUCGAAUCUCGCGCAUCUUCCACCUGUCCAUGGCCUCUACAGCUUCGCCCUCAACCCGCUGAUAUACGGCAUCCUAGGCACCUGUCCGCAGAUGAUCGUCGGACCCGAGGCCCCUGGUUCUCUCCUCGUCGGCGAGAUCGUGCGUGAAAACAUCAACAAGGGCACCACGGGCGACGACGACGGCAGACGGAACGCUGAGAUUGCCGGAAUCGUCACCUGCCUUGCCGGCGCAUUCAUUUUCGUCGCAGGCCUGUUCCGUCUUGGCUUUCUCGACAACGUGCUCAGCCGACCCUUUCUGCGUGGCUUCAUCAGCGCCAUCGGUGUGGUCAUAUUCAUCGACCAGCUGAUCCCCGAAAUGGGUCUAGCGCGGCUAGCCGCUCAAGAAGUUGCCCACGGAAGCUGCAUCGAUAAGCUGGUGUUUCUUGUUCGAAACAUUAACCGUGCGCAUGGCCUUACUUGCGCCAUGUCUUUUACCGCUUUCGGUAUAAUCAUGUUCUUCCGCGAAUUCAAGAAGCGUCUGCAACCGCGGUACCCCUCCGUGGCAUACAUCCCCGACCGCUUCGUCGUCGUCGUGCUCUCUGCGAUCCUGACAUGGCACUACAGACUCGACCAGCAGGGGCUGGCCGUGCUUGGAGACGUCAAUUCUAGCGGCAAGCUAUUCGCCGUUCAUUUUCCCUUCGACACUUCAUCUCUGAAGUACGUAGGUGACGCAAUCAACACGGCUCUAAUCAUCGCCCUGCUUGGCUUCUUCGAGUCCUCUGUCGCAGCGAAAUCCCUAGGCAGUGGGGACCACACAAAGGAUGGCGUGCACCUGCCGCUCUCUGCCAAUCGCGAGCUUAUCGCCCUCGGCACAGCAAACAUCACCGGCGGUCUCUUCAUGGCGCUCCCCGCUUUCGGAGGCUACGGACGCUCAAAGGUCAACGCUUCGACGGGUGGACUGACACCAAUGUCCAACAUCUUCCUGUCCCUCAUCACCAUCCUCUGCACUGUCUUCCUACUGCCGUACUUCUACUACCUCCCCAAGGGCGUUCUCUGCGCCAUGGUCAGUGUCGUAGCAUACUCUCUGGUCGAAGAAGCACCUCACGACAUCAAGUUCUUCUGGCGCAUCCGAGGCUGGUCCGAACUCAUCCUCAUGGGUCUCAUCUUCAGCAUCACCAUCGUAUGGGACCUGAAGCGCGGCAUCGGCGUCGGCAUCGGACUCUCCAUCCUCCGUCUGAUCAAGCACAGCGUGCGCCCGCGCAUUCAGAUUCUCGGCCGUGUACCAGGAACAACCAACCAGUUCAAGAACGCGGAACUCGACCCCGGCAGUCUCGAAUUCAUCGAAGGAUGCCUCAUCGUUAAGAUCCCUGAGCCCCUCACCUUCGCAAACACAGGCAACCUGCGCACUCGCCUCGGCAGACUCGAAGACCACGGCACUGGCACCGCACAUCCCGCACUCCCACGUAUUCGCCGCGCAGAACACAACAAAAACGUCAUCUUUGACGUUCACGGCGUCACCUCGCUCGACGGCGCGGGCGCACAGGUCCUAGCUGAGAUCGUGGACGCGUACCGCAAACGCGGCGUGCGCGUGUUCUUCUGCAGGGUGCCCAGCGAGAGGAGUCCCGUUGGGCAGCUUUUUGAGAAGAGUGGCAUUGUCGAGAUGUGCGGCGGACAACGCCAUUUCGUGAGUAGUGUCGAGGAGGCGCUGCGCAUGACGGAGUUGGAGCGUCUGACGGAAGAGUGGAGUGAAGCAAGUAGUUCGAGAGUGCAUACACCGAGGUAG